GGUGUCAAUUCUUGUGGAUGAUUGCCUUUUCCUUACUAACUCGAGCAGAAGCCGUAUGUGAUGAGACAUAUGGAGAUCUAUGGAAUAUGUCGUGGGUUACAGAGCCAAGAAAUGAUUUACGCUGCAAACUGGAUGAACAUUGCAGAAAGGAGCCAAGUCAAGUCCAGUCAGAAGAAUUUGAUAAAUGCUGUACCUGCAGAUCAUGUGCAGUCUGGGAAGGCAAAGAGAUUGAGCUAUUUAUAGAAUAUAUAUCUGUGUUAGGUAGAAGCUUGGUUUUGCCAAAUCAAGCACCUAGUAAACCUGUAAUAUAUAAAAUUGAACAAACAAAUGCUGAAAUGACAGAAAUUCCCAGUAAUCUUUGCAACUGGGACCAUGACACAAAUCUGGAAGAUAAGUACCCUGCGGAGUUUACAAACAUCAAACAGUUCUGGGGACAUAUUGUAAAGUUAAACUUUGAAAACAAUAAAAUCCGCAAACUUCCAGACCUUAACUGUUUAGUAAGACUUGAUGAAAUUAACCUGAGAAAUAACCAACUUACGCACAUUUCAAAUACUUCCUUUACCAAUCUGACACGUCUCCGAUACAUAUAUCUGUCUGGGAACCUAAUUAAGGAAAUGGAUCCUAAUAUUCUAACAUCAAAAUAUCUGAUGAAUUUAUUCUACGCAGACUUCAGCAACAAUGAAAUGACAGAACUAGAUGUUUCAAACAUGUUUGGCAUGUACCCAUUUUGUAAGAUAGCUUAUAAUUCAAAUAACAUUACUGAUCUUGUAAAUGAAGCAGAUUUUACCUUAAACUCCACAAUACCAUACGGACCUGGUUUUGUUGACAUCUCCAGUAAUAAAGUAAAUACCUGGCCAGAUUUUGAAACAAUUUUUAAACUGGAUGAUAUAAUACAGCUUGGGUACUUAUUUAGCUUUGGAUUUUAUUUCGGAGAUAUUCAACUAGUUUGUGAUUGUAAUAUUGAACGAUUUAUGUCUCAUGUAUAUGAUAUUUUCAAUACAGUAUGGAGAGAUUAUAUGGACAUAACAUGUGCCGCACCUGACACUCUUGCUGGCAAGAAAGUUUAUGAAGUUGAACUAGAAAAAUUCAUCUGUUUGGUUGAAACUGACUGUGACCCUAGAUGUACUUGCAUAGAUCAACCUUACAAAGACACAUUAUAUAUCGACUGUUCUAACUCUGACCUCACCACGUUACCAGAAAUACCAUACUCUAGAUAUUCACACUAUGUAUCACUGAAUGUAUCAAACAAUCAAAUUGCAACAAUUACAAAUGUGUCAUACCUUUCAAGAAUAUCUAUGCUAGAUAUUUCUAGGAAUAAUCUUGUAGAAAUUAACAAUAAUGUUGCAAAUCUACUUGAAAAUGCAACCUAUAUAGACAUAUCAAACAACCCAAAGUUAAGACAACUGCCACAAUUGUUUCAGUACCAUAAUGUUUGCUCAAGAAACAUGCAAAAUCUACAAAUAAGUUGUGACUGUCGAACAAGAUGGAUUGAAAAAUGGGUACAUUCAAGACCGUGUGAAACCCAUGACAAUUUAUUCCUGUGCGAAAUUGCUCAAGCUGGCAUAAAGCCAGCAUUUGAGUUUGCUCAAGAAGAUUUGGACUGUUCUCCAAAUGGUUUCCCCUUCCUUCUUGAAAUACUGAUAGCAGCGGCAAUCAUAAUUCUAAUAUUAAUAGGAACACCAAUAUACAUUUUCAGAUAUGAAUUACUUAUUCUUUGUUUAAGGAUGAGAAAACUAAGGAGAACUACUGUUCUCCCCUUGAACAAAUAUGAUGUUUUUCUUUCUUUUAAUGAUGUGGAUGAUGAUAUUACAAAAUGGGUGAAUUAUAAACUUGAAUCGGAACUAAUUAAAGCCAAAUACAAGGUCUUUCAGCCAAGUCGUGAUGUUGCGUUUGGAGCAGAACGAGACUCAGAAAUAAUUAAAGUCCUUUCUACAACACGUAACUUCCUUGUUGUAGUGUCAGAUAGCUAUCUCCAAGAAGCAGACGAGGGGAUGCGGUCAUGGACUGAGAAUGAAUGGAAAUAUGGCUGGAAUAACUUUAAAGCAGACAGGUCAAAAAAUAUUGUUCUUGUAAACUUUGACCAUGUGUCAUCUUUUGAUGUCAUUCAUCCACAAAUAAAAGCUUUUCUUCGUGUUGGCUGCACAGUUGACUUCAAGAACCAGAAUGGAAACAUUAUGCAAGAAAUCUUUGAAAAACUUGGAAAACCUUUACAUAUGCCACAGAUGACUAACAAAGCUUUAGAAAACAAGAAACAGAAAUUGGAACAAUUUGAGCUAUUCACCAUAGUAAAUAAUGAUGACCACUUUCUUCAACAUGAAAACAUUAUUAAAAAGAUUGAAGCAGACGAUGAACAACAAGAUGCCAAUAUUAUUACAAGAUUCCAUCAUAAGCAGAUGAAGCAGAACAACAGUGUUGAUCCAAGAUUGAAUUCCAGAAAUGAACUGUCAAAAGGGAAGCUAGGACAAAAAGAAUUUAAAAGAUAAUAGGCAGCAGAAAAACUGCCAAUACAGAAAAUGCUAUGCUUGUUACAAUGGUAACAAUGAACAACACAAUGUACCAGUAUAAAUAGAGAACGAUAACGAAAACAUUAUCGGAAAAGUCGAUUAUGUCUUUAUGGGUAAUUCAGUGUUUUCUUUAUAGUCAAUACAAUUCAAAAGUAGUACAACUAUUCUGUCGAGGAUAAUGGUUUUACUACCUGAUUUCCCUUUUCUCAAUAGUAACAUUUAACACAUUAUUGUUACAAAUAACAUGCGAGAGUAGUACUCAGUAAUUUGUCACGUGAAACAGAAACUUGUAAAAUAAUCAAAGAUUAUUUUAUUUGUUUAAGUUAUUUUAUAAGGUGAGAAAGUACAUGAGCCUUGAACAUAUGAUCAGUUCAUAUCUGUCAAGUUGAUGCACUUUUGUAAUAGUUUAUUAUAUCAAACCAAAACGAUUGACAUGUCAAUAUAUCAGAAAUGCGUAUAACUGAUGUUAGGAUAUGGCUAUAUAAUGUUUAGAUUUUUCCUGUAUCCAGGAGGUAGGCUAGGACAGUUUGAGUGUGGACCGGGAGUCCGAGGCAGAGACCUAGGAAAUGGGUCUUGUAGAUUUUAAAUAUUAAGAGACAAUGUAGAUGAUUAAGUUAGGUUUUAAAUAUGACGCUUGUUAAGAUAAGACUUCUGAAGUUACAAAAUAGUUUACUAAAGUUAUGUACAAAGUACUCUACUGUGUGAAUAAAUAUCAGAAACGAUCA